UAUUACUGUUGGUUAUAUGUCACUCUAGGUCUGGGAAGCCCUUUAAGUCCUGAAAGAACUCGAAUGCUACUUGCACUGAGGAUCAAUGUUUUGGCCAAAGGGCACAGCGGGGUUUCACUGGAGACGCUGCACAGCAUGAUCCACGCCUUCAAUGGUACAUUAAUGCAUCCCUCAUUAUUUUAACUGAAGAGAGUACUGUUGGAGUUUUUGGUUUCUUUGGCACAGCAUAUGAAACAUGGUGUGCCAUUUCAAAGAAUACUUUUAUGUUAGUUGCUGCGUCUUUGAAAUAAUAUUAGCAAAAGGUUUCUUUGAAAUUCUCCCUCAAAAGAGUUUUAUCAAAGCUGAUAUUUUACCGUUUUCUUUCAUUUCUCUUACCAGCCACCAGAGCGGCUGGGCAGAUGCCAAAUACGUUUUGGAAGCACAUGGUCUGAAGCCCAUAUCGCUGAAGCCAAAGGAGGGGCUGGCUCUGAUCAAUGGGACUCAGAUGAUCACUUCUUUGGGAGCAGAGGCCGUGGAGAGAGCCGAGGCCAUCGUCCGGCAGGCUGACAUCAUCGCUGCCUUGACCCUGGAAGCCCUCAAGGGGACCACCAAAGCCCUUGAUAGUGGUGAGCUCGUGUUCUGCUGGUCCCAUCUUUCCUACAUCUGGGUUUGGGCCCUGUUGAUCGUCCACUGUGCAAACUUUUGGAAAUGGUUUGUGGUGCCAGGAGUGGUGUUCCUCAUUGAGAAACUUGUUGGAAUAGCAGUGUCCCGCAUGGGUGGGCUGUACAUAGUUGAAGUCAACUUAUUGCCCUCAAAGGUAACACAUUUGGUAAUCAAGAGGCCUCCAUUCUUUCACUUCAAACCUGGGGAUUAUGUGUAUAUUAACAUUCCCGCUAUCGCCAAGUACGAGUGACAUCCGUUUACCAUCAGCAGCG